CACUUACUCAUAAUUUUCGCCGGUUUUUGACGUCUGCAUUAAAAUUCAUACAUAUUUCUAUUAGAUGAGAAAAAUUUUUUUUUCAUAGCAAGUUGGAUUUUUUUUUUUUUGAAAUUAUAUGAGCUAUCAUUAUGUCAGAUGAAGUUGAGAAAGCCCAACAAGCUGAAAGAGGUGGAGAUACAAUUUUUGGGAAAAUUUUAAGGAAAGAAAUACCAUGUAACUUUAUUCAUGAAGACGACAGUUGCGUUGCAUUUCAUGAUAUUAGUCCACAAGCUCCUAUUCAUUUCCUUGUAAUACCAAGAAAACCAAUUGCUCAAUUAUCUUUAGCUGAAGAUGGAGAUGCCAAAUUGCUUGGUCAUCUAAUGUUGGUCGGAAAGAAAAUUGCAAAAGAUUUAGGAAUAGCAGAUGAUGGAUAUCGUGUUGUUAUAAAUGAUGGUAAAAAUGGAGCUCAAUCUGUAUUUCAUCUUCAUUUGCAUUUCCUUGGCGGCCGUCAAAUGCGUUGGCCACCAGGUUAAAAUAAGCAAAAAAGAAAAAUGGAAUGUGUAAAAUGGUCAUAUGUAUUUCAAUAAAUUAAUUAAA